CAUCAUCAGUAAAAUUCUUAACGAAAACGAAAAUAUUUUCAUUAAAAAGUUUUUUUUACAUAUAAAUAAUUUUUUUUUUUGAUUCCAAAUUUUAAAUCAAAUUUUGAUACAAAUUAAUAAUAAAGAAAAAUUAACAUGUCAAUAAUAGACAACACGAAAGAAUGGAUAACUGGAGAAAACGCAAAAAAUAAAAUUUCAUCGAUUGUGGCUGGAUUGCUGUUUUUUACGGGAUGGUGGCUAUUAAUCGAUGUUCUCGCAAGCACCCCAAAAAGUGAAAUAAACACAGGCCAGGCUUUUAUUGGAGUUUUUGGUACUUUAAGUUUUAUUAUGGUCAAUUCAGUUCGUAAAAGUCACAUAAAUCAGAAUUCAUCAGUAUCAAGAGGUCGUAUGGCAAUGUUAUGGCUCUUAGUUGGGUUUAUUUUAGGUUUUGCUUCCGUUAUUGCAAGUGUUUGGGUAAUGAUUGAUGAUACAACACGCAAACAUGGAAAAGUCUGGCCAGGUGUUGCAAUAUUAUUGCAAAAUGUUCUUAUUUUAGUUGCGACUUUAAUUUAUAAAUUUGGUCGGGAUGAAGAAGAUUAUUAAGCGUUAUAGAAAAGAUAAAUAUAACGUAGGGCUAACUUUAUCAUUCACAUAUUGUAUUUAUUCAUAAUUAUGUUCUUCAGAUAUCAAAUAUUAAAAUCAAAAAUAAAUUUUUUUUUUUGUCUAGUUUUAUGAAAACAACUAACAUGAUGUGAAAAACUGGAAAAACCACUGUAAUAUGUUAUGAUUUUAUAAAUUUAUAUAUGAAAGUAGAAUAAGUUACUUUUAGAAAAUAAAUUCAUAAAUAAUUAAGCUAG